AUGUCGCCGCGCGUCCCGCGCGGGAAGCCGGCCGACGAGCCCUCGGGGCGGCGCCCGCUGCUGCGCGCGCAGACCGUCUACGACGGCAGCUCGUGUGCGGGCCAGAGGCGAGUAGUGCGCCACUCGCUCAUCUCGGUGCCGCUGCGGCCGUCCGUCGCCGAGCGGCGCUCGAGCGGCGACCUCGUUCCGGGAGGGCACCGGAUCGAGCGUGUCGUCUAUUGCGAGGAGGAGGACAACACCAUCCUCGUCGACGACGAUAUCCUGCAGGCGAUGCGAAUGCUGAUCUGCCGCUCAAAGUCGCAGCUGACGCGCGCGUUCGUGGCAGCCGAGCAGCAGUCGGCGCACCGCCAGGCCACGGCGCACCGCGGCGCGGCGGCGCCUGCCGUCAGCCUCCGGCGCCACGUCCUGCCGUACGCGCAGUGGGAGGCGGCGCUCGCGGCGCAGUUCCCCGAGUACGGCGCCCUCUGGCCGGCGUACGCGCCGCGCCUGCUCGCGACGGCCGCCGAGGCGGGCACGAGCGGCGAGGGGGUCCCGGGCGGGCAGGUCCAGUACAUGCUGUGGCUCGACCGCUUCCAAGUCCGCCUGCCAUGCGGCCGUUUCGAAGAGUUUGAGCACUCGGUGCUCAGCCGACUUCAUCGCGCGCUGCUGGCGCGCUCGCGCGAGAUGUCGCUGGCGGAGCUGCUGUCGUAUUUCGACCCCGCGACGCGCUCCGGCGCGCGGCAGUGCGAGGUGCUGCAGGUCCUCGGCAGCUUCAACCUCGGCCUCUCCUCGCGCCAGCUGAGGCAGCUGGUGUACGACCUCGGCUACGCCGACCCGCGACACCCCGCAGAGCCGGUCGAGGUGCUCCGCGCUCUGCUCGUGGUUGCGAGCCCCGAGAUGCAGGCGGGGCAGGGAGAGGGCGAGGGCGACCGCCGGUCGAGCGGCGGGCGGAGCGACGGCAGCGACUUCAUCUCGCCACGCAACUCGUGCGGCCGCGAGGCCCGACGCCACUUGCGCGAGCUGCGCUCCACCCUGCGCGCCAGCCGGGCCCACGUGUACGGGGCGCUCUGCGGCGGCUCGCUCCUCGCCAUCUUGAGACGGUCCGAGGCGGACGGCGCGCUCUCGUACCCCGACGUGUGCGAGUUGCUGAUGGCUUUGCAGUCGGCGUGCGGCGUCUCGGUCGUCGCGCGGGGUGCAAUGGAGCGGCUCGUCCAGCACAUCGACCUCUCGCGCGCAGGCCGCGUCAGCUACCUCGAGUUUGUGGCCGCGUUUGGGCUUCCGGAGAGCGACGAGGGCGCGGCGGCGAGACGCCGCUCGCGCCGCUCGCGCCGCUCGAGCGUGUACGCACGCCGUUCGAGCGCGCAGUCGGACGCCGAGCUGGAGGACGCGAGCGCGCGUUUCGGGCUCAAGGUGAUGCAGGCCAUCCUGUCGGCACUAUACGACCGCACGCCGGUGAUGCAAAAGGCCUUCCGCCACUUGGACGAGUCGGGCACCGGCUUCCUCGCCGAGCACGACUUUGAGCAGGCGCUCGAGGUGGUGCUCGCACACGAGCGCGCCGAGCACGACGUGCUGCAGCGCGAGCAGGUCCACGCGCUCGUCCUCUCGCUGCGGGGCUCGAGGCUCACUGACGCCGAGGGGCGGAUCGACUAUCCGGCCUUCAUCCAGUCGUUUGUGGUCGUCGACACGCUCAACGCAAUGUGAGGGGCGGCCUGCCUAAUUCACGUCGACAUGGCGGAUGACGCGAGAUGAUUUCCGGCGAGGAGACGCCUGUGCGUACAGAUCAGUACCGGUGUCGCACCACCGCCGCGCGCCCCUCCUCUCUUCCUCACGAGCCAAGUAUCGGGUUCCUCUCUCUCCGCAUGAGACGCCCGUGAUGUGCAUGCCCAUGUGUGGAUGUGCGAUGGCGGAAAUUCAAAAGAAAGAAAGAAAGAG